CUUCUCAUGCAAAGAAGAAAAGACUGAGAUAGUCCUCCGGUCAAAGUACACAUUCUUGCUUUACUUUUCUCCAACUCCCGAAAUCAGUCAGUUAGUUGCAGUGGUCUCUCUCCUACUUGACCACGUAGGAGACCGGUGAGGAAUAUGUCCUCACCUUUUCUUUGGAUUUUGGCUAUUUUGCUGAUAUUUGAAGAAUUUGAUGGUGGAGCUGGAGAAUUUGAGCUGCAGCGAAACAAAAGAAAUACUGAUCUCCAACAGCCUCGUUUGACUUCAGAAGGGGGAAAUUUAGUGUUUUUUACUGGACCUACCCAAAAUAUUGAAUUUAGAACUGGAUCUCAAGGGAAAAUAAGAGUAAAUGAUGAAGACCUCAGUGAAUGUUUGCAUCAGAUCCAGAAAAACAAAGAUGAGAUUAUAGAUUUAAAAAAAAAUUCAGUUGGUCUGCAUCAAAAUAUAUCUAGUCAAAUCUAUCAACUCAAUUCCAAGCUUGUGGAUCUUGAGGGAAGAUUUCAAAGCUUACAGCAGAAAGUUGCCAAAGAUGUCUGCAGCAGCAAUCCCUGCCAAAAUGGUGGAACCUGCCUCAAUCUGGUUGAUUCUUUUUUUUGUAUCUGUCCUUCACACUGGGAGGGUCCUCUGUGCUCAGCUGAUGUUAACGAAUGUGCGAUUUACUCAGGAACACCGUUGGGCUGCCAGAAUGGAGCCACAUGUGUGAAUACAAUGGGAAGUUACAGAUGUACCUGCACACCUGAUACAUACGGACCCCAGUGUGAGUUCAGAUAUAAUGACUGUGAGGGUGGCUCUAAAGAACUCUGUGUCCAUGGUGUCUGUGAGGAUUUAGAACGACAGCAAGCUAGAGUGCGUAAUUACACAUGCAUCUGCGAAGCUGGCUGGACAUCCUCCCCACACAGCCCUGCCUGCACGGUGGAUCAAGAUGAGUGCAGCCUCUCAUCUUCUUGUUCGGCACUUGUGCAGUGUUUCAACACUCCAGGCUCUUUCUACUGUGGGCCCUGUCCAAAAGGGUGGCGAGGAAAUGGAUAUGUUUGUGAAGACAUCGAUGAAUGCGAGAUGAAUAAUGGUGGCUGUUCUGUGACUCCGCUUGUUACAUGUGUGAACACACCUGGAUCUUUUAUCUGUGAGGACUGUCCACCAGGGUACCAGGGGGACGGAAAAGUGUGCACUGUCGUAGACAUCUGCUCCAUCAAUAAUGGAGGCUGCCAUCCCCACGCAACGUGCUCCUCAUCUCAAGGUUUCUUUCCUCUCUGUACCUGUCUGCCGGGAUACACUGGAAAUGGUUAUGGGCCAAAUGGAUGUGUGCAACUUGGAAAUAUUUGUUUAAGUCGCCCCUGCUUAAAUGGAAAAUGCACAGACACAGUCUCUGGCUAUUUUUGUGAGUGUGAUUCAGGUUGGGCUGGUGUCAACUGUACAGAAAACAUCAAUGAAUGUUUGAGCAACCCGUGUCUGAAUGGGGGAACCUGUGUCGAUGGAGUUAAUGGUUUCAGCUGUGAAUGCACUAGUUCAUGGACUGGAUCUUACUGUCAGGCUCCCCAGCAAGUGUGUGGAGAGUCCGUCUCAGGGAUGAGUGGAAGCAUCAGCUAUCUGAUCUCUGAUGUUGUUUAUCAUCAUAAUAUUAACUGCUUUUGGGUUAUCCGAACUGAAGAGGGAAAGGUCCUGCAUAUCACAUUCACUUUCUUCCAAUUAGAAUUGGAGAACAAUUGCCUGCAUGAGUUUCUUGAGAUUCAUGAUGGUGAUUCCUCUGCAGACUUUACACUUGGAAAAUUCUGUGGCUCCACAGCUCCACAGGGUCUUCAGAGCAGCGACAAUGCGCUCUAUUUUCAUCUCUUCUCUGAUCAUUUGAGAAGAGGUAGAGGCUUCACAGUAAGAUGGGAAACACACGAACCAGAGUGUGGAGGUAGACUGACUGGUACCUACGGCUCUAUCCAGUCUCCGGGGUAUCCUGGAAACUACCCCCCAGGAAGAGAUUGUGUAUGGCACAUUAUAACCAGCCCUGGACUUCUGCUAACAUUUACUUUUGGGACUUUGAGCCUGGAGAACCAUGAAGAUUGUAGCAAAGAUUAUCUGGAGAUCCGAGAUGGUCCUUUACAUCAGGACACUAUCCUUGAGAAAUUCUGUACCACUCGCUCUGCCCCACCACUUCAGACUACAGGUCCCUUUGCCAGAAUUCAUUUUCACUCUGACAACCAGAUCAGUGAUCGUGGCUUCCACAUCACCUAUCUAACAUCACCUUCGGAUUUGCAUUGUGGAGGGAACUACACAGACCCAGAGGGUGAGCUGCUUCUUCCCAACUUGCCUGAGCCUUUGGCUCACAAUCGGCAAUGCAUCUAUAUCAUAGAGCAGCCUCAGGGAGAGCUAAUAGACCUCAACUUCACGCACGUGGAACUGGAAGGCCAGAGGGGCUGCUCCCACAGUUACAUUGAGGUUUGGGAUGAUGAAACAUUGCUUGGAAAAGUCUGUGGCAAUGAAAUCCUUUCUCCUAUUAGAUCCAUUACUAAUAGUAUCUGGAUCAGGAUUAAAAUAGACACUACUGUUCAGAAGGCUAGCUUCAGAGCUGUUUAUCAAGUUGCUUGUGGGGGUGAGUUAACUGGAGAAGGAGUCAUUCGUUCACCGUUUCAUCCUAAUGUGUAUCCUGGAGAAAGAACCUGUAGAUGGAUCAUCCACCAACCUCAAGGCCAAGUAGUUCUUCUCAACUUCACUAGCUUUGAAAUUGGAAGUUCUAAUGACUGUAAUACAGAUUAUGUCGAGAUUGGUAGCAGUUCUGUUUUGGGUUCUCCUGAAAAUAUAAAGUACUGUGGUACAACGACCCCUUCAUUUAUAACAUCUGUGUACAACAUUCUUUAUGUCACAUCUGUGAAGAGUUCUUCUCCUGAAAAUCAUGGUUUUAUGGCUGUGUUUGGUUCUCAGGAUUUGGUAUGUGGAAAAACUCUUACCGAGUCAUCUGGAAUCAUUAAAAGUCCUGGCCACCCAAAUAUUUACCCCAGUGGUGUUAACUGUACCUGGAAUAUAUUAGUCCAGCCUCAUCACCUGAUUCGUUUGGUGUUUGAUGAAUUUCAUCUGGAAUUUCAUUACAAUUGUACAAGUGACUACCUAGAAGUUCGUGAUACUGGCUCUGGGACUUAUCUUGGGAGAUACUGUGGAAAGUCCAUCCCACCCUCCCUUACCAGCAGAACCAACUCACUAAUGCUGAGAUUUGUGGCUGAUUCUGACCUCGCUUAUGAAGGCUUCUCAAUAAGCUAUACAGCAAUUGAUGAAACAAAAGCAUGCUUGCAAGACUAUACAGUUAAUUCUGGGACCCUUACUUCUCCAAACUUCCCCAGUAACUACCCUGAUAACUAUGAAUGCAUUUAUAGGAUUACAGUGGAAAUUAACCAACAGAUUGCAUUACAUUUCACCAAUUUCUCCUUGGAAGAUGGUAUUAAUGCAAACUGCAUAACAGAUUUUUUGGAAAUCAGGGAUGGAGGCUAUGAAAAUUCACCGCUUGUGGGAAUAUACUGCGGCUCAAUUCUACCUCCAGUAAUCAUUUCACACAGUAACAAACUGUGGUUAAAAUUUGAAAGUGAUGUGCUGUUUUCAAGCUCUGGAUUCUCAGCUUACUGGGAUGGAUCAUUAACAGGUUGUGGGGGCAACCUCACCACCUCCACAGGCAUAUUCACGUCUCCCAACUACCCAAUGCCUUACUACCACAGCUCUGAAUGCUACUGGUGGUUGAAAUCCAGCCAUGGCAGCCCAUUUGAACUGACCUUCAAAGACUUCCACUUGGAGCAUCAUCCUAACUGCUCUUUGGAUUAUCUGGCUGUUUAUGAUGGCGCAAGUACCAGUUCUCAUCUGCUCACCAAGUUGUGUGGGGAUGAGAAGCCACCUCUCAUCCGUUCUACUGGAGACAGUAUGCUAUUGAAACUAAGGACUGAUGAAGUUCAGCAAGGAGGUGGCUUUAAGGUCGAGUACUCCCAGACGUGUGAGAAUGUGGUAAUAGUUAAUCAAACUUAUGGCAUCCUGGAGAGCAUAAAUUAUCCAAAUCCGUAUUCUAAAAACCAGCGUUGCAACUGGACCAUCCAAGCAACAAAAGGCAACACUGUGAACUACACAUUUGCAGCAUUUGAUUUGGAAAAUUAUACUAACUGUGCCACAGAUUAUUUAGAGCUCUAUGAUGGCCAAGAUCUGAUUGGGCGCUACUGUGGAACCAAUAUCCCCCCAUCUGGAAGUACCAGAAGAUCCAAACUUCAAGUGCUCUUCCACACUGAUGGAGUUAGCAACAAAGAGAAAGGAUUUCAGAUUCAGUGGCUGGUUCAUGGCUGUGGUGGGGAAAUGUCUGGAGCCAGGGGCUCCUUCAGCAGUCCUGGGUACCCUGGAAAUUAUCCACCCAACAAAGAAUGCAUCUGGUACAUUCACACUGACCCGGGAAAAAGACUUCAGCUCACCAUCCAUGACUUUGAUGUAGAGUAUGAGUCAACUUGCCAAUAUGACAUCCUGGAGAUAUACGGAGGCCCUGAUUUCCACUCUCCCCGGUUAACCCAGCUGUGUGCCCAGAGGUCAUCUGUGAUUCCCAUGCAGGUCUCCAGCACUGGAAAUGAGCUAGCAAUCCGAUUUAAAACCGACAGAUCCAUAAAUGGGAGAGGCUUCAAUGCCUCCUGGCAAGCACUCUCUGGAGGUUGUGGCGGGAUUUUCCAUACUCCCAAUGGAGAGAUUCAUUCUCCAAAUUACCCCAACCAUUAUAGAAGUAAUGCUGAUUGUUCUUGGGUCAUUCAAGUUGAAAAAAAUCACCGUGUCCUCUUGAACUUCACUGACUUUGACCUGGAACCUCCAGAUUCUUGUAUUACGACAUAUGAUGGCGUAAGCUCUACAACCACUCGCCUGGCCAGAGUGUGCGGAAGACAGCAGCUGACUAACCCCAUCAUCUCUUCAGGGAACAGCCUCUUUGUGAGAUUCCAGUCUGGUGCUUCUAGGCAGAGCAAGGGUUUCCUAGCCCAGUUCAGGCAAGUCUGUGGAGGCUACUUCCUCACCAACUCCUUUGAUACUGUUUCCUCUCCAUUGUACCCUGCCAAGUAUCCGCACAAUCAGAACUGCAGCUGGACCUUCCAAGCUCAACCUCCAUUCAAUCAUAUUACUCUCUCCUUUACCAACUUUGGACUCCAGCAUAGUAGGGGAUGUACACGGGACUAUAUAGAAGUUUUGGAUGGCAGCGACUCUGAUGCACCCCUCCGAGGCCGCUAUUGUGGUUCCUCCAUGCCCCAUCCCAUCACGUCCUUCAGCAGUGCCCUGACACUGAGGUUCAUCUCUGAUUCUGGAAGCAAUUAUGCUGGUUUUCAUGCUUUAUACACUGCAUCAACAUCAGCUUGUGGUGGAAACUUCCACAUGGCUGAAGGCAUCUUCGAGACCCCUGGCUACCCUGACAUUUAUCCCCCUAAUGCGGAAUGUGUCUGGAACAUCUUCAGUUCCCCUGGCAACCGGAUCCAGCUGUCUUUUACAUCUUUUCAGUUGGAAGACUCUCAGAACUGUAGCAAAGAUUUUGUGGAGAUCCGAGAAGGGAAUGCCACUGGCCACUUGGUAGGAAGGUACUGUGGAAGCUCCCCACUCCACAACUACUCGUCUGCUACCGAGGAUCUUCUGUGGAUCAGAUUUGUUUCAGAUGGCUCACACAGCGCCAUGGGCUUCCAGGCCACAUUUACUCUGAUAUUUGGCAAUGAUAAUAUUGAGGGAACUCAUGGGAAAAUCGCUUCUCCUUUCUGGCCUGGAAACUACCCCCAUCAUGCCAAUUAUAAAUGGAUAGUAAAUGUGAAUGCUUCUCAACUUAUCCAUGGUAGAAUCUUGGAGAUGGACAUUGAAUCAUCAUAUAACUGCUAUUAUGACACAUUAAAGAUUUAUGAUGGUGUUGGCAUUCACUCUCGCCUCCUUGGAGCUUACUGUGGUACUGAAGUUCAAUCUUUUAGCUCCAUGGGAAAUUCUUUGACAUUUCAGUUUUUGUCUGACUCUUCAGGCUCAGGGAAGGGAUUCCUUUUGGAGUGGUUUGCAGUAGACCAUCCCACUGGACCUUUGCCUACCAUUGCUACAGGUGCUUGUGGAGGGUUCCUGAGGACAGGAGACACGCCUGUCUUUCUUUUCUCCCCUGGCUGGCCAGGGAGGUACAGUAAUCGUUUGGAGUGCUCAUGGCUUAUUCAGGCUCCAGAUUCUACUGUGGAACUCAACAUUCUCUCAAUGGACAUUGAAUCUCACCAAACAUGUAGCUUCGACAGUCUUGUGAUAAGAGAUGGAGACAAUAACCUGGCCCCAGAGCUAGCAGUUCUCUGUGGAAGACAGAUCCCUGGGCCCAUCCGGUCUACUGGAGAGUACAUGUUCAUCCACUUCUCCUCUGAUUCCAGCGUCGUCAGGGGAGGCUUCAAUGCAUCCUUUCACAAGAGCUGUGGUGGAUAUCUUCAUGCGAACAGAGGAAUUAUCAUGUCCCCCAAGUACCCAGCAAACUACCCGCCCAACCUCAACUGCUCCUGGCAUGUCCUGGUCCAGCCUGGAUUGACCAUCGCAGUCCACUUUGAACAGCCCUUCCAGAUUCCAAAUGGAGAUUUGUUUUGCAACCGUGGGGAUUAUUUGGUGCUAAAAAAUGGACCAGAUAUCUAUUCUCCACCUUUGCGAACCCAAGGAGGAAAUGCUCGUUUGUGUGGAGGUCAUGCCUCAUCAACUCUGUUCACCUCAGAUAAUCAAAUGUUUGUUCAGUUUAUUUCUGAUAAUAAUAAUGAAGGGCAAGGAUUUAAGAUCAAAUAUGAAGCAAAGAGUUUAGCCUGUGGGGGUAACAUCUACAUCCAUGAUGCUGAUCCUACUGGAUACGUGACCUCCCCCAACUAUCCUAACAAUUAUCCGCCCAAUACUGAUUGCGUCUGGAUCAUAUCUGCUCCUCCGACAAAGAGUGUAAGACUACAGUUUGAAGAUCAAUUUGAUAUUAGAGAGACAUCCAACUGCCUUUCCAGUUAUAUCGAGCUGCGGGAUGGAGGUGAUUCGCAGGCACCGGUGCUUUCCAAAUUCUGUGGGAUGUCUUUGCCUAGUAGCCAGUUGUCCUCUGGAGAGCUUCUGUAUUUGAGGUUCCGAUCUGACAGUUCGACUCGUGCAGGAUUCAAGGCCAAGUAUUCUAUAGCCCGGUGUGGAGGAACAGUAACAGGACCAAGUGGCAUCAUUGAGAGCAUUGGUUACCCCACACUUCCAUAUUCAAAUAAUUUAUUCUGUCAGUGGCGGCUCCAGGGCCUAGCAGGACAUUAUCUCACCAUCCACUUUGAAGACUUUAACCUUCAGAAUUCCUCCAGCUGUGAAAAAGACUUUGUGGAGAUCUGGGAAAACCAUACAGCUGGACAUCUUUUGGGUAGAUACUGUGGAAAUGCCAUUCCUCCAAGCAUAGACACCUCUAGCAAUGUUGCCUCUGUCAGGUUUGUCACGGAUGGCUCACUUAUUGCCACAGGGUUCAGGCUUCGGUUCGAAUCCAGUUUGGGAGAGUGUGGUGGGGAUUUACAGGACCCUACUGGAACAUUUACUUCUCCCAACUAUCCAAACCCAAAUCCUCACAGCCGAAUCUGUGAGUGGAGAAUCACUGUUCAAGAGGGCAGGCGGAUCACUCUGACUUUCAGCAACCUGAGGCUGCCAGCUUAUCCAUCCUGCAACAAUGAGCAUGUAAUUAUAUUCAAUGGUAUUAGAAGUAUCUCACCUCAGCUGGAGAAACUGUGUAGUAGUGUAAAUGUAAGCAACACAAUAAGAUCUUCAGGAAACACGAUGAAAAUUGUGUUUUUCACAGAUGGAUCCCGGCCACACGGAGGCUUCAGUGCUUCCUACAUAUCCACUGAAGAUGCAGUGUGUGGUGGGUUUCUUACAAAUGCCCAAGAAGGAAACUUUACUUCUCCUGGUUAUAAUGGAGUCAAUAAUUACUCAAGCAAUCUAAACUGUGAAUGGACUCUCAUCAAUCCAAAUCAGGAAAAUUCAUCUAUUUAUAUUAAUUUUGGGGCUUUUGCCCUUGAAAGUCAUCAAGACUGUCAAUCUGAUGUCCUUGAGUUUCGAGCAGGUGAUUCUGAAGGGCCUCUGUUGGGGAGAUUUUGUGGCCCUACACAGCCUACAGUACCACUGGUAAUACCGUAUCCUCAGGUGUGGAUACACUUUGUCACGAACGAACGUGAGGAACACAAAGGAUUCCAUGCACAGUAUUUAUUUACAGGUUGUGGUGGAAUCCAAAUGGGAGAGGCUGGAGUGAUCACCAGCCCCAACUAUCCUGGAUUUUACAGUAGCUCAACUCACUGCUCAUGGCUGCUGGAAGCCCCAGUAGGACACACCAUCAUUCUUACAUUUAGUAACUUUGACAUUGAAACCCAUGCAUCCUGUGCCUGGGACUCGGUCACUGUCAGGAAUGGCGGCUCCCCUGAAUCACCCAUUUUAGGACAGUACUGUGGAACUUCCAACCCCAGGACAAUACAAUCUGGUUCCAACCAGCUCACCGUGAUUUUUAACUCAGACAGCUCAAUACAACAUGGCGGAUUUUAUGCUACAUGGAGCACUGAAACUUUAGGUUGUGGUGGAACAUUUCAUUCAGAUAAUGGUACAAUCAAAACGCCUCACUGGCCACAGAAUUUCCCUGAAAAUAGCAGAUGUUCCUGGACAGUCAUAACUCACGCAAGUAAACACUUGGAGCUCAGCUUUGACAGCAACUUCCGAAUCCCCAGUGCCAAUGGACAGUGUCAGAACAGCUUUGUGAUGGUGUGGGCAGGACCUGUGAAGACCAUUGAAGGCCUGUUGACCAAACGAUGUGGGGAUGUGGCUCCCAGUCCCAUCAUCAUAUCAACAAAUGCAUUCACUAUGGUCUUCCAGUCUGAGGAGGCACCAGCCCAGGGCUUCUCUGCAUCCUUCAUAAGCCGAUGUGGCCACAACUUCACUGACUCUUCAGGUUACAUUAUUUCUCCAAACUUUCCAAAGAAAUAUGACAACAACAUGAACUGCACUUACAUGAUAAAGAAUAGUCAUCGAUCUAUGGUUAUUUUGACUUUUGUGUCUUUCCAUUUGGAAGCUCGCUCGGCCACCACUGGGAACUGUGACAGUGAUGGUCUGCACAUCCUCAGAGGUGACAGCCUCUCUUCUACACCUGUUGCUACCGUGUGUGGGGAUGAGACCUUGGACGCCAUCGGGGUGUCUGGCCCAGUGUUGCUUAACUUCUUCUCCAAUUCACACGUCACAGACUUUGGAUUCAAGAUUUCCUAUCAGACAACCUCGUGUGGUGGUACAUACCGCUCGUCCAUUGGAACCAUCCAGAGUACCUCCUACCCAAACAGCAACUACCCAAACAAUAUCUACUGUCUGUAUAACAUCUUCGUUAGAAAUGACAGAAUUGUUCAACUCAAGUUCCGUGAUUUUGAUGUGGUUCCCUCCACCUUGUGCUCCAAUGACUUCGUGGCCGUUUAUGAUGGUUCUAACAUCACUGAUCCUCUUCUUGGCAAAUUCUGUGGUUCUGAGCUUCCGCCAGUUAUUAAGAGCAGCAACAAUAGUAUGCUUCUGGUGUUCAAGACAGAUUCUCUUCUAACAGCAAAAGGCUGGUGGGCAGUUUUCACGCAGACAUUAGGGCCACAGCAUGGAUGUGGGGGUUAUCUGACAGGUUCCAACGGUACUUUCAUCUCUCCUGAUUCUGAUUCAAAUGGAAGAUAUGACAGGGCCUUAAACUGCAUAUGGCUCAUAACUGCACCUGUAAACAAAGUAAUAAAACUCACGUUUGACACAUUUGUUCUUGAGAGAGGAUCUCCUUCUUCAGGAUGCCUUUAUGAUUAUGUGACGUUAUACGAUGGGGACAGUGUAAAUGCAGACUUGGUAGGAACAUUUUGUGGUUCCACAGUACCUGCUCCUUUUAUCUCUUCUGGGAACUUCCUUACAGUUCAAUUUGUCAGUGACCUAGAUAAUGAAGCAAAAGGAUUUCGUGCCACAUACACCAUUAUGGACAUGCCUUGCGGUGGAAUGUAUAAUGCAACUCUGAAUCCCCAAAAUAUCUCAUCACCCUCUGUAUUAAACGCCAGAUUUCCAUUUUUCACCUGUACUUGGGUCAUUGAAGCCCCACGUCACCAGCAGGUCAAGAUAACUGUGUGGGAAUUACAGCUGCAUGCGGAGGACUGUGCCCAGAACUACUUAGAGCUUCAGGACUCACGAGAGAUCAGUGGAAACCUUAGAAUUCUGUUCUGCAGGAGAAAUACAUCAGUGCCAGUGUUUUACUCCUCACUGAGCACUGCUAUUGUUGUUUUCAAAUCCGGUGACUUAAGCUCAAACUCCAGAGUGAGCUUCACCUAUCAGAUUGCAGAUUGCAACAGACACUAUGACCGGGGAUUUGGCAGUCUAACGAGUCCUGGAUGGCCAGGAAAUUACUAUGAACAUUUGGAUUGCACUGUUAUCCUGUCAGCCCCACAGAACCACACCAUCUCUCUCUUUUUCCAUACUUUUGGCAUCCAGAGCUCCACGGACUGUGUACAUGAUUUCUUGGAGAUAAGAAAUGGAAGUGACAGCACUUCUCCACUACUCGGAAUGUAUUGUGGAACUCUGCUACCAAACCCUAUCUUCUCGCAGAGUAACACACUGUAUCUACGGUUUAAGAGCGAUGACACAAUUUCUGGCCGUGGAUAUGAAAUCACCUGGACUUCAUCCUCUUCUGGCUGUGGUGGGAUUCUGUAUGGAGACAGCGGCUCCUUCACCAGCCCCGGCUACCCAGGCACCUACCCGAACGGCACUCACUGCGAGUGGGCCCUGACAGCUCCCUCGGGCAGGCCGGUGGUGGUCAGCUUCUACCUGGUCAGCAUCGAGGACCCGGGAGACUGUGUGCACAACUAUCUCCUGCUCCACAACGGGCCGGACGCUGCCUCUCCGUCCUCUGGCCCCUACUGCGGAGCGGACACGAAUAUAGCUCCUUUCAUGGCUUCUUCAAAUCGAGCCUUCAUAAUAUUCCAUGCUGAGUAUGCAACACGUCCGUCUGCGUUCAAGUUAGUCUGGCACAGCUGAGGGAGCAAAUCUGGGUUACUUGGGACUGUGGCUCUACCCAGGGGCCAUCAGACGUCACAUGGGACAGAACUCUACCAUUCUUACCCUAGACCUUGCCUGGGCCACUGAGCAUACAUUGAACAUCCAUGAUUUCCUCCAGAGAACACAUGGAAUCAACAUUUACACAUCUUUUGUACAUGGACUUCCUUCUUUCACAUGGAUGUGUAUAUCAUUCUUUCUUCUAGUAUUUCGAACUGAAGUUUAAAAUUUUUUUAAAGGUUCAAAAGUGAUGUAAAUUUAAAACAAAUAAAAGUAUGAUUUUCA